AUGACGAGCGAUACGAUUCGACGAACCCUCGACAAGUUACUACUCGACAAGGAUGGCGGUAGUGGAAGUGAGAAUGAGGCGAGAGCAUUCUUCCUCUCACAGAUUAUUGAUCAGUUGAAGUUGAUUAGUUCGCAGACCGAUGCAGAACGCCAACUCAAGAAACUUCAACUGCUCGACUCCAACGACAAUCUGGUCCAUCAAGCUCCGCCCACUCCGCCCCCACCGCCUCCGCCCCCUCCAAUUAUGCAAAUGAAAGCCCCACCCCCACCACCACCACCACUUGGGAUGAUCCCACCGCCACCACCAUUACUAAAGAAAGUUGCAAAAUCUGGCGUGCCGUCGGCGCUUCCAGCACCGAAAUCGAGAGCCGAAUGUCCGACAUCGUUCAUCCCGAAGAAAGAGAAAAAAACGAAGACUCGGACGGUGCAGUGGUCGAAAAUCAAUGCGAAUACGGUACAGGAUGACAGUGUGUGGGGGAAACUAGCCAAAGCGUCAGAUGUUGACAUUGAUUUUGAUCUACUUGAUAACUUCUUUGGAAUCGAGUCGCUGGUCGCACAAGGAGCGUCGGAGAUUGUGAAGAAGAAGUCCUCGCGGAAAGAUGCAACUGUCGAGCUACUUACCCCAAAACGUAGUCAGAACGUGGCAAUUAUGUUGAAACAAUUCAAGAAUGUUGAUGAAUUCAUAGAAAAUAUUUACUCGAAUAAACCGGUCGCUGAAAUCGAUGCUCUGCAGAAUUUAUUCGGAAUCUUGCCGCCAAGUGAGGAGGAAGAAGCGCUGAAACGUUACACUGGAGACAUCUCCUUACUCUCACCUCCUUCUUCAUUUGUCUAUCGACUGGUGCAAAUCCCAUUCUAUCGAUUACGAAUAGAAACCCAAAUCUUCCUCGGUGAUUUCUCCCGGUUAAUGCGUGAGCUAGCUCCAAAUGUGGAAGUGCUAAUCAGUGCUAGCAAAGAAAUCCUCUCGUCUCCAACUCUUCCACGUCUCUUGCUGAUUCUGGUGAAUAUGGGAAACUAUUUGAAUAGUAACAAUGCUCAAGGAAAUGCAUUCGGUUUCACGUUGAAUUCAAUGUGGAAAUUGAUCGAUUUGAAGGGCAACAAGCAGGAGUUCUCGUUGUUGAACUUGUUGGUGACGUGUGAACCGGAUCUCGUCUCGAGUCUCCAAUCGGAACUGUCCUCCCUAAAAGACGCCUCCCAAAUCAGUUUCGACGAGAUCAAGAAUUCACUGAAAACCCUCAAAGAUAGCAGAUCAAAACUUGAAAAGCAGUUGGAAAAAGUGUCAGAAGACGAUCAAUUUCAACAAUUCCUCGAGUUGAUAAAAAUCGAUUGCAGUUUCGAAUUGAAAGAAUUCGAGGCGAAAUACGAUUUGCUGUGUGAUCUACAACACCAACUGGCCAACUAUUUCUGCGAGAAUCGCCACACUUUUCAGCUGGACGAAUGUCUGAAAAUAUUCACAUUUUUGUUGAAUAGACUGCAUCAGACUUUAAAGGAACAUGUCUCCAGAGAGAAUCGGAAGCAGAGGAAAGAGGAGAAGAGAGUGGAGACGCAGAUAGAGGAGAAAAAGGAGAAAAAAUCAAUCAAUAAUCCUGAUCUGUUUGAAGCAUUAAAUGGGACGUCUAGUGAUGCCAGUGAAGUCACCCGAAAACGUGUCAGCGACAUUCUCGACGUCCGCCACAAGCUAGGAAACGUGCGAAUCCGAAAACUCCGGGAUGUGACCACUGCGGAGACUUUCACGGCCCCACCACCCCCUCCAUUGGAAAGUCCCACUGACAGUACCGGUAGCAGUAAGGAGAAUGAGGAGAAGAGUCCAAAGCCUGCAAAGACAUCGACCAAUUAUGAUAUGUGUAACGAUUUGGAGAGCUAUAUAUCGAGUUUGACGAAGAAGCGAGCCAGCCACCUACAAAAAGAGCAACAAAAGGAGACAGCAGCAGCUCCAGAACUGAAAUCCCCUGAAAUCAAAAAGCUUGUGAUAGAAAAACCAGCGGUACCCAUGAAAACUGCUCAGAAAAUUGAGAAGCCUGUGGAAAAAGUUGUCUCAGGGACCCCAAAACUCCCCAAAUCCCUAAAAACACCGUCCUCCAUAAUCCGUCCUAAAAUCUCCACCCCCUCAUCCACCACACCUGAAAAAGUGGAAAAAGUGCGGAUAGUCAGUGUGACCACUUCCAACCCCUCCAGUCAAUCCAAACUCGCUGAGCUUCGAAAACCCGGAACACGGAGUCCACCGGGAGCACGGACGACACCGGUGGUUACAGUACCCAAGGUUACUGUAGGUACGGUGAGGGCGGCAAGUGGAAUACAGGCGCCGUUGAGUCGACGGAUGAGCGCACCUGUUGUAAGGAAGCCAAUGAUGACGGCGGAGAAAAAGCGGGAGAUCACAAUGAAGCCAUCAGUCUCCACAUCCGCGCGUCCCAGCCUCAUCAACACCAGCUCCCACCCGAUGGUCCGUUCCCCACUACCCAAAAUGAGUGUUCUGGAGAAACCGAAGCCCCUCCGGAUCACACGACCUACAGUAAUCCCCCAGCCACCUGCCACGUCGAGAGUCAGCGGGAUCCGCAAGCCGAGUGGCGAAGGACCAAAGCCUAAAUGGGUUUGA